AUGGGAACUUUAAACGGCCUCUUCACUGCUGGCAACUUCCUCCUCAACCAAAGAAAAGAUGAAAACUCCAAUAACAUCCCCAAACUAUACAAGAAAUUAACUGAAGAAAUAAUGUUCACAAAACUCAUGAAAGAAACUGCGAGGGCAAUCAGUGUUGAGAGAAAAAUUCCCACCCAAGGUGUCCUAAACCAUGUGGAUCUUGCACCGAAAAUUCGCGGUAAAAAUGCUAAAUCUGCCAUUCCCAUAAGUUGUUACGUAGCCACCAACUUCAACUUCCCAUUCAAACCUCCGAAGGUAGUUUUCAAAACUCGAAUCUUCCACUGCAAUGUUGAUACUGCUGGUGUUUUGAGUUUAGACAUCUUAAAGGAUAGUUGGAGUCCAGCUCUAACAAUCACCAACGUGCUUCUUGCAAUCAGAGCGAUUUUCACAAAUCCUGACCCAUCAGAUAAUUCGAUAAUCCCUGGCAUUGCCCGAUUGUACUUGGCAGAUAGAGCUAAACAUGACGAAUUAGCUGCAGAGUGGACAAGGAGAUUUGCCAAGUGACUCUUGUGAAUCUGAUGCAAGUGCCGUUUCAAUUGCAGAUAUUCCUUGAACAUCUUAAUUCAUGGAUUGGUAUAAAGUCCGUGUAAAGUAAUGGGAAAGAUUACUUGCAAAGUUUACACCGCAACCUGCUAAUUAGUCUAAGCUUCUAACCAUCCCGGAAUGUAUGAUGAUGGCUGAAAGAGACAUAACGGCAUGCAACAUGGACUAUGAGAAAUCCUUUCAAGAUUCAGGGGCUAUGUAAUGUAGAUAUAAUAAUAUAUAUAUAUAAUAUAGUGGUUAGUUCAUAGUCGGCUGGUGAUCGUCGUUGUGCAGUGCGGAUAGCCACCGACACUGUUGAAGAUAGGGUCGCGCGGCCGAAAGUCAUGUCCGAAUGGUGAAGUGGGCAUAUUUAUUAUUAUUUCCGUUUCCAACAGAAUUAUGCACUAGCAAGUAGCAGGCACAGUGAUAUUUGAUUCGUAUAAAGUAAAUGCAUGUAGCGCCUGAUUCAGUAGGGUACAAGGA